AUGUAUAAUUUCUUCCGAAAUAAAAUAAUUAAAACUCUUAUCUGGUUUUGCUCCUCUAUAUAUCUUUGUUAUCAAGAAACAUAUUUAUUAUUCUGUUCACAUUUGGAUUUUUCCACUAAGUUUGUCACAACAUCUGAUAAUGAUACUAAAGAUCCUAAUAAAAUAAAUUUUAAUGAAUUAAGUACGCAUAUUGAUAAUGAAAACGAAGUUAAUUCCACGCUUAAUAAAGUUUCGACUUUAGAAGUUUAUAUCACUACUGAAAAUAAUAUCACUACAACAGUGACCAAUUUGGAAAAUAAUACGAAUGAGGUUAAACUAAUCUGCUGUGACCGACCAAAAACUUGGGAAACAACUACUGAUAUAACCAUUACUAGUCCUAUCUACGAUUUUUUUUAUUCUCGGAUCACAGGAGAAGAAACGUUUAUUUCUUCGACAACACAGAAAGUACAUAAUAAUCAUACUCUAACACCUUUUAACAAAAGCACUAUAACAAUAAAUUUGAACAAGUCCGAUAAUAUAACAACAUCAGUUAUUAUGAGUACCGUAGAGACAUUGCCACCAAAUAAAACCACAGCUUCGCAUUGUCCAAUUAAGUGCAACAAAAGGCCGAUAACUUGGGAAACUACCACUGACAAAUUAGAAACCUUAAUUCGUUCAAAAAGUAAUAGUAAAAAAGAAACAGUAACAAAACCAAUUACCACCAAUACAACAGCCAUAUCAACAACAAUAACUUCAAAACUUUUAACUACUGAAGACUUUAAGAGUCAUUCUACUGAUUUAGAUAUCGUAGAACCUAUAUAUACACUAACAUAUCGCCCUAAGACUGUAACAGUUCCAAUACACUCUCAUAUAUUCCUAACAAGAAGAAGGACUAUAAAGAGUUUAAAACAUGACUGUAAGGAAAAGUGUCAGAGGCCAAAAUUCAAAGAAUCUGAAUGUACUGAAAAAAAAGCAGACCAACAAGCGACUGAAAAGGAUAAUAGACACGAGGAAAAAAUAGAAUAUUUAGCUGUUUCAUCUGAAGAUAUAGUUAAGUUAGAUUUACACAAAACAACAGAAAAGGAUAAUAUUUUCAACAUGUUUAAAAGUAACUGCGGUAGACCUCUUACUUGGGCUACGACUGAAAAGGGAGAAACAAGAGACUUUUUCAGAAUAUUAACACAACAAAGAAAAUAA